CAUUCCUAAUUUAUUCUCGACGUAAGAAGGAGAUGGAUCUCUGUGUUCACAUUGCAGGGUGACCUGCUUUUUAUUAACUAGUAUGACAUGGGAAAGGAUCGUAUUGGAUCAACACAAACUGACACAGAGACUAAAAUCGUACAGUGACUGGACUUCUCCGAAAUCGUAUAUUGAAUUAGCUGUUGCUGGAUUCAGAUAUACUGGUACGGCAGACAGAGUUAAGUGUGAUUACUGUAAUAAAAAAGUUGUUCAAUGGACUGUUAAUGAUGAUGCAUUAGAAGUUCACAGCAGAUACGGACCAGACUGCAUGUACUUAAAGCAUCUUGGAUACACCCAAGAUUUAAAAUUGCCGCGUUUUUCAAAGUUUUCUAAGUUUGUGGACAGAUUAGAAUCAGUUAGGACUGUACAAGAAGAAUAUCGACUAAAUCUCCCCCCUUUUGAGUCUAUUGCCGAAGCUGGGUUUUUCUAUCUUGGAACACUUGAUCGGAUGAGUUGUUAUCAUUGCGGUUUAAUUUUGAGAGAUUGGGAAAUGGACACGGACCCUGUUGCCACACACAAACGGUUUCGUCCUGGGUGUUAUUUCAUUAUAUGUUGGAGUGUCCAAACCUCUGGUAGAAACAUAAACUCUCUUAUACAUCCUUACACGGAAAAUCAAUCAAGCCCAUUGUCGAACCUAGCCCAACAAUCUCUAACAACAAAAAUAGGUGAAAUACUUGUUAAUCUAAGUGAAACCAGGGCAUCCAGAAAUCAGAAUGUGACUGGGACAGCAGCAUCGACUAACGAAUCGUCUAAAGCCGAUAAUGUAAAUACGUCUGAAAUACGGUAUCCUACUAAAGCAGGCAAAAGGGACAGGUCACGAGUACCACAUAAUCAGAUCACAUCCACAUGCAAAGGGCAAUUCAACAACAGCUUUGUACAAAUCUAUUCUUCAAAUACUGAUACAGAUGUUUCUGAUGGGAUAGAUAAUGUUGAUGUUGCCCCUCCAAACCAAUUGAAUUCAAAAAAUGUCUCACCGAAGACAAAGAAGAGCCGCCAUAAACAUAGACAGAGGCUACAAUCGUCCGAUAGCGAAAUGGAGAAAAAUAAAUUAAAAACGGACAAUACAAAGACUGAUCAAACACAUGAUGGGAACACCAACCAAAAACUGAAAGCCCCUCAAGUGACCGGGGCUAGCAAUUCCCAGACUUCGUCUGAAAGGGAGCUUAAAAACUGGAGGAAGAAGAAAAAGGCAGGGACCCAGAAGACUAUUCCAAUUGCACCAACCGUAUCAAGUAAAGAAAGAAAUACUGAUCCUUUGAAUCUUGGUAAAGGUACAUUUGGUAGUAACGGUUCGCUUCCUAAGCAUCGUAAGUCACCGUUUACGUCUUCCAGCAAUUCACAGAUUCCAGAAGGGGCUUCAUCAACGCCACACUUUCAUUUGGCAAAACCUUUUAGCGAUUCUGUAGACCAACAGCCGCAUACACAAUCAUCUCGCAGUUCACCACCCGAGGGUCAAGCGUAUCUAUCACACCAACGAAGCAUACCUGAAAUUCAUUCAUCAGAGGUUGAAAGCCAACUUGCUGCACCUCAAGCCCACCUUCCGCAACUUCAAAGCUUACCCGUAAACAACACCCAUUUUCCAGAAUCUGCAAUUACUACUGCUACUGCAGACAGUCACAUAACCCAAUCUCUACCACCAAUGUUUAACCCAGAAGGUUUUAGCGAACUACCAAUGAUUCAGGCCGUAUUACAGAUGGGAGAGGUCAGCUACGAUUCCGUUGUUAAUACUAUCUGUUCCAGAUAUAACACCCACGGUGAUACUUUCCCUGAUGCACAGUCUUUGUUAUCAAGUAUCUUAGACUCUGACAUAGAUUGAAUGAUACGUUAUGUAAGGGCCAUAUCCUUUAUUUUGCCUUCAAAUGUUAUAUUUUCAAAAUA